GAAAUGGUGGCGUGGAGCCUGCUGCCUCGCCCAUCUCUUGCCGAUGCACAGAAAGAGAAAAAAAAAAUCGGGAAAUCAGGGAUAACGAUCCAAUCAUAAGCAGAGAAGGUCGUCAGCUCUUACUUUUGAUUCCGGAAACACACAAUGUUGCCAAGAUGGGGCAGAACUAUUACUAAUCUCUCGAGAUUUGGUUUGCAAAACAAAUUGAAAUUUGGAAAGGACUUCAAUGUUGUUUCAUGCCGUAGCUAUGCCAAGGUUGCUGCUGAUUCCAUGGAUAGUAGUCUCGCUAGUGAACCGCCGAUUAAGUUAGACAGAAUGUUUUGGUCUAAGCCCUGUUCACUGGCUCUGGCCCUGGACUCUCCGCUAAGAGCUGAAGAACCAAAGUAUGAGGGCGUUAAGCAUUUUAUUCUUAAGCUGAUGCUGUUUUAUAGUAAACAAAGCAAGUCUAUUCGAGGUGCAAAUGUGGUAUACCGGCGAAUCAUUUCGCAAGUUGAUAAGCCUCUUAUUUAUGAAGUAUUUAACUUGGAGAAAACAUUCAAAACAACAUUCUCUUUACUUGUACUUCAUAUGUGGCUUUGCUUACGCCGCUUGAAAGAAGAGGGAAAGGAAGGUGUUGAAUUUGGGCAGUACUUGUAUGAGAUAUACAAUCAUGAUGUGGAGCUGAGAGUUUCAAAGGCUGGGGUUAACUUACUAUUGAUCAGAUGGAUGAAGGAUUUGGAGAAAAUAUUCUAUGGAAAUAUCGUUGCCUAUGAUUCUGCAAUCCUUCCAGAGGCUAGUUCAGAUGAGCUGCCAAAAGUAAUUUGGAGGAAUAUAUUUUCUGAUGACGGUUCAUCACAGCCAAAUGAUGCUGCAUCACGAACAGCUCAGGCUAUGGCGAGGUAUGCUCGCCGGGAAGUUGGCUGCCUGUCCUUAACUGACAAAGAAGCUAUGCUUUCUGGGAACUUCAUGUUUACCUCGUUAGAGACAGAGAAGUUGAAUUCGAAGGGGCGUAGGUGAUACUCCAUGGGUCAAAUUGAAAGUUUCAAUUUCACAAGUAAUUCCUGCUGAAAAUCCUAUAUAUUUUCAUUUGAUAGUAGUUGUAAAGCCCUUCUAAAAAGAAAUAUGAUUGAUUUUGCCAUUUCAUUAAUCUUCUCACCGAGUGGUUCAGCAAGUAGGAUGAUGCCCUUGAAUUUUGGUGGAACCAGUUGUCAGUGCCGGCUAUUAAGGCUGUAAUAAUUGUAAUAAUUGGUUUACAUAUACUGAUGCGUUAAAAUUCUUUAGCAAGAGUGUCAGUUUCUUACCA